AUGUAUUUGUUUGUGACGUUCAUAAGAAAUAACGACAGUCGAGCUCCGGUUUGUGAAGGAAGAGGCGAAUGCGACUGUGGCCGCUGCGUGUGCGCGAAACGAGAGAAUAUGAACGAAAUUUACUCUGGCCAAUUUUGUGAGUGCGACAACUUCAACUGUGCGAGACAUAACAAACGGAUUUGCGCUGGACACGGCGACUGCGUAUGUCAGCAGUGCAAGUGUCAUCCAGGAUGGACGGGUCGAGCGUGCGAGUGUCCGAUCAGCCAGGAGAGCUGCCGAGCGUCCAACGGUAAACUCUGUAACAACAGAGGAAAGUGCAUUUGCGGUGUCUGCAAAUGUUCAACCGAUCCGGAGGGUAUUCGAUACAGUGGUCCUACCUGCGAAAUCUGUCCGACAUGUCCAACAAAGUGUGUCGAAUACAAGCCAUGUGUCAUGUGUCAACAGUUCAAAACCGGGCCUUACAACGUGUCAACUUGCGCUCAGUGCCCUUUCACUGUCAUUCCGGUGGAUAAACUGCCUGAACUGGAAAAGAAUCGAACUGCCGUCAGCUGUCAGUUCGUCGAUCAGGCCGAUGAUUGUACUUUUUACUUUAAGUACGAGUUGAACGAAGACAGCGAUAACGUCACGGUGUGGGUGCAAAAGAAGAAAGAUUGUCCGCCUCCGGUACCCGUGUUGGCAAUUGUGCUCGGCGUUAUUGCGGGCAUUGUACUGAUUGGCUUGGUGCUACUACUUAUUUGGAAACUUUUAACUAUCAUUCAUGACAGAAGGGAGUACGCGCGUUUCGAAAAGGAGCGGCUUAUGGCUAAGUGGGACACGGGCGAGAAUCCGAUAUUCCAUCCGGCCACCACCACGUUCAAAAAUCCGGCUUAUGGCAGUAAAAUGUGA